AUGCACAACGGAGGAGAAGGAAGGCUAAAUAUCGGAGAUUUAGAUUUCAGCGGAGGGAGUCCAAAAGAGGAGCUUGAAUUUGAAGAAAGCUCAGUUGAAAGCAACAAUUUGCGAAUGGACAUCGAAAAGCUGCGUGCCGCAACUGAAGAUGCAAUUAGAAAUAUCAGAGAAAACUACCUAUUCAGAGAAUCAGAACUUAUAAGUCAAAUACAAAGCGAAGACAUGAAAAAAGCGCUGCUGGAAAACAGGCCAGGAACUCUGGAAACUAAUGAUGACCUAACUCCCCCCCCCCCUCCGUGAGCGAACAAAAAAAUUUUGUUCGCUCACGGAGGGGGGUUAAUUUUUUUUUUUAAAAAAAAUUUAUAUAUAAAUUUUAUAAAAAAUAUUUUUUUCGAAAUUUAAAAAAAUCCUAAUUUGCAAAAAUUGGGAAGCAAAUAUUAAUUUAAUUUGCAAAAUUUAUGUUUUAAAACGCAAUUUGUUUAAAAUUAAACAGAAUUAGCUCUAGAUUUCAUUAUACUAAUUAUCACUUAUAUAUCAAAAUUUUUUUCCAUUAAAAUUUUUUCUAUUAAAAAAAUUUUUGUUCACUCACGGAGGGUGGGUUUUUGGUCAAAAAAUGGCGAUUUUUCUAAUGGUUUUGUUCGCUCACGGAGGGGGGGGGGGGGGGAGUAAGUAUUGAAGAAUUAAAGCAAUUUGAAAUUGCGAGAAUGGAAGAAAUAGAAAGUUUAAAAAGAAUAGGUCACAAGGCGUCAAGCAAGGAAAGCAUGUUUAACCUUUCCAGUAGUGAAGUGUCAAGCAUAUUUAGAAGAAGCUUAGAAAACCAAGGAGAAGAUGUUGGCCCAAUUGAUCUUGAGAAAUGUUCAGAAGCCAUUAAGGAAAAAUACCAAAAAGAAGUAGAAGAUAUGGAAAGAGCUGUCAGGGAUGAGUGCGAAGUUGAAUUUGAUAAACAAAGAAAACAGCUGAGGUUUGACUACGAAAACAAGAUGAACCAAGAAAUUUCAGAAGUCCAAAACAGACUUAACGAAUAUUGGCAAGAGAGAGCUGAGGAACUUGAAGACAAAAUAAAUCAGCUUUCAGAAGCAAGGCCGCGCUCCACUUCAGAAUUAGAAAAGAUUUAUCAGUCGCAAUAUGAAGAAAGGCUAGCAGUAGAAACGCAGAGACUUAAAGCAGAAAUUGAAGUGUCAUUGAGAAAUGAGUAUGAAAUCAUGCUUAAUCAAAGAGUUGAAGCCGCCAAAAAAGAAACCCAAGACCCUAAUGAUUUUCUUACUGACCUGAGACGUGAAAUGGAGGAGAAAUUUCAACAAAGGCUUGUAAUAGAAAAGAAUGAAUGGAAAGAAGAGAUCCAAAGUAUUAUUCUGCCUGAGAUAAGAAGCAAGCUUGAGCCAUCGUUAAAGGAAAAAUUGGCUGAGGUAGAAAGCAAGGUAAAGCAAGACGCUGAUGUAGAAAUCAAAGGAAAAGUAGAAAUAAUCAAAAAGGAAGCUGAAGAAAGGAUAAAAAAUUACAUUCAAAAGGUAGCCCAAAGGGACUAUGAGUCUCUAAAAGAAAAAAUAAAAGAAGAUAUGAAAAAAGCUCUUCGAAAGGAACAAGAAUCCAAGCUGCAAACUGCACUUGAUGCUGAAGUCAAAUUGCAGAUUGAGAGAGAAAUAAGAAAAGAGCUAACUUUACAAAUGGAAUCUCAAGUUUACGAAGAGGUAGAAAGUAGAGUAAAAGAAGAAAUCAGAAACGAACUGAUUGAUCUUUAUAAAAAUCGCCAAAAACAAAUAAGGCAUGAGCUUAAUGCAAAGCUUAAGGCAGCACAAGAAAAGUAUACAAUUCAGCAAAAAAAAGAAGUUGCUAAACAAGUAGCUGGAAUGCUGGAAAAACGAGAAAAAGAAAUAAAAAAUAAUUUGAGGAAAAAACUAGAAAGGGACAAAAAAGAAAUUGAAGCAGAACUAGCUAAAGAGUAUGAAGGAAAUCAAAGCUACCAAAGAGUAAAAACUACAAAAGAAUUAACAGAAAUAUCAAAAACAAAAGCGCAGCUGAUUGUGCAAAUUAAGAAAGUCAAGCAGGAAAAGAAAGAAGAGCUUAAUAUGAUUAGAAAGCAAAGAGAAGAGCUCGAACAAAAAAUAAAAGAUUUAGAACAAAUCCAAGAAAAAAACUUUUUCCAAAAUAAAACUCCUAUGAGUCAGAGAUCAACGAUUUUCCAACCUGAAAUUGUGAAUGAGGUUCAAGCUCAAGACAUUGAAACUCCAAAUGAAAAUGCAUAGCUCUUUCCCUUGAAUAGCCCGAUAGCGGGAUGAAGCCAGCUCGUUAUUGGGCUAUUCAAGGGAAAGUGCUAUAAUUCCUCAUGAAAAUAUUGAUCCGCCAAGAAUGCAAUCUCAAAGGAAAUUACUUUCUCAUUACAACUCUCAAGACUUGCUGAAUCAGAUUAUUAGUAAAAAUAUGCAAGAAACGCAAGAUGCUUAUAGACUAUUAGAAGAGACUAAAGAUCCUCCGUCGUACUAUAGAAGAAGUUUAAAUGAAUCUCCUGCGGAUACUCCUCCAAUUUAUUAUCGAUCUUAA